AUGUCCUCUCAGAUCUCUUCUCCCACAACAGGAUGCUCACAAACCCGGCAUGUAGUCGAAGAAGGCAUUGAAAUGCUUCGCACUCUUCUCCCAGACACGAUGAUUAUAGCUGCUUUGGAUAUUAUCGAUCGCGAAAGUGUCGUAAAGUACAAGACCUCUUGGGGCCGGCAACACUACGAAGUUAUAGGCACCACCUCAACAUAUACCGUCUUUCCGCAGCUCGAUGUUGCAUCUACAGCUGUGUCUAGUUACUGUACCUGCCCAUCAUUCGCAUUCGCAGUGUUAAUAUCCGAGAACCAUUUUAUGUGCAAACAUGUUUUGGCGGUAUGCCUUGCAGAUAGGUGGUCUCGUUGUGUCGUGCGUCCCAUCGAAGAUAAUGACUUACUGUUGAAAUUUGCGGGGCAUGUCUCUCCCUAG